AUGAAAGCCAGCAGCCUCGCCCUGCUCCUCGUGGGCCCUGCCUGCGGAUUGGCUGUACCUGCACCGGUCCACGAUCAGGGCCACCUCUCGCGACGUCAGGCCUCGCCGAGCCUGGACCAGCUGAUCAAGGCAAAGGGCAAGCUCUACUUCGGUACGGCGACCGACACGGACAAGCUCUCGGGCACGAACGAGGCCAUCAUCCAAGCCGACUUUGGCCAGGUCACGCCCGAGAGCAGCAUGAAGUGGGACGCCACGGAGCCGUCGCAGGGGAGCUUCAGCUUCGACGCUGCUGACAGCCUCGUCGAUUGGGCCGAGGCAAACGGCAAGAGCAUCCGCGGCCACACGCUCGUCUGGUACAACGCCCUGCCGUCCUGGGUCUCGGCCAUCACCGACGCCGCCACCCUCACCUCGGUCCUGCAGAACCACAUCUCGACCGUCGUCGGCCGCUACGCCGGGCGAAUCCGGGCCUGGGAUGUGGUGAACGAAGUCUUCGACGGCAAUGGCAACUGGCGCUCGUCGGUCUUUUACAACGUCCUGGGCGAGGACUUCGUGCGCAUCGCCUUCGAGGCCGCGCGCGCCGCCGACCCCAUUGCCAAGCUCUACAUCAACGACUACAACCUCGACGACGCCUCGUGGCCCAACCUGGCGACGGGCAUGGUGCCGCAUGUGACCAAGUGGCUGUCGGAGGGUAUCCCCAUCGACGGAAUCGGCUCCCAGUCGCACCUGUCUGCCGGCGGUGCGAGUGGCGUGCAGGGCGCCCUCGAGAGCCUCGCCGGUACUGGCGUUGCCGAGGUAGCCAUCACCGAACUCGACAUCAUCGGCGCCGCCUCUGGCGACUACUGGACCGUCGCCAACGCGUGUCUCCAGGUCUCCAAAUGCGUCGGUAUCACCGUGUGGGGGGUCAGCGACGCCGACUCCUGGCAGGCUUCCCACACGCCGCUGUUGUUCGAUUCCAGUUACGAGGCAAAGGGUGCCUACUAUUCCGUUGCCAGUGCCCUGUCGUAG